UUUGACCACCACGUGUGUCAAUACAAAGGUCAGGAAGGUAAAAGCGCUCAUUACAAAUAUUCUAAAGAAUCUUUUGAAAAGUGUGACAAUACAGUGCCCAGUGGGAAAUCAAGUGGAUCCGAGAGAAUGGCAUCGUCUACCACAACAUGGUUACUCUUACAAUGGAUUGAAGAUCCACCACAAUGGGAUGUAAUAGAAGUGGGAAAGUGUGGUGCCGAGUUAAAGUUAAUGGCCCUUGGAAAGAAGCUUCAGUCGGCAGUCGGGAACAUCUAUGAUGUGCCUUGGAAUGGAGAGACAGCGCCAGCUAAAGUCUUGGAUUUUGGUAAAGAUAAGGCUAUGGAAGCCAAGCGUACCGAACAAGUUAAGAAUUACGAGGCUGCCAUGGAAGUUGGCAGGAAGAAUGGAAAAAGUUUGCGGUGUGCAAAUAAAAGGAUGGCUGAUGAAUUGUCAGAAAGUGAAAGCACUUCUUCAGAUGCCAAUGAGAAGAAAAAAGUCAAGAGAAAGAAGGUUAGUGAUGAAGAAAUCCUAAUUUCAACAUCAGCAAUAGAAGACACUGACAGUUCUGAAGAAAACGGUUGCCAAGGCUGCAAAAAAUUGCCAAAGCUUAAAGAAAAAUACAAGUUGGCAAAAGAAAAAAUAAACAGAUUAGAAGCUGAGAUUGAGCACUACAAGCAAGUUACAGAUGCAAGAUCUCUAGUAGACAACCUUAAAAUGCUCAUUAGGGAAAGUAAAACAAAAGAGGUUGGCCAAGCAGAGUCACAGAACCCAAAUAUAGGACUUAGGCCGAUAACUGCACCGGUAACUCCUACCUCUGCAAUUGAAAAAGAAGGAACAAAGCAAUUAGAUGUAAAUGAUGGCCUACCAGCCACCCCUGGCAGAGUCAAAGAAACCACAAAGGUUGACAUUGGACGAGGUGUGCUGGUUGAGAAAACUAGCCUGAUGGCUUUGUCAUCAGUGAAGUCGGGUUCAACAUAUGCCAGAAGCCUAUUAAAGACCAUUUUUACCGAUGCAGAGCUUGUUGGGAAAAGUCUGACAGGCAGAAAAUCAAAUGCCUUUAAAGACCAGGAUCAGAAGCCUGCCCUUGACCCAACUAAAGUGGAGGCAAUUGUUGAUCUUGCAUGCCGUAAAUUUGGAUGCCCUCCAGCAACUAUAAAGAUGUCUCUUGCCAACAAGCUAAAGGAAAUAACAAAAAAGGCAGCAAACUAGCUUACAUGUACUGGUAGGAUAAAACUAAUAAAUUUCAAUACUUUCAGCAAGAAGCGCUUUUGUCAUACUGUACCAGGGUCUGGCAUUUUGGAAGUUAAGAGUGAUUUGGUAGGAUGUCCUGAAUUCUAUGGCACCUUGCAUCCUUAUGUUUUCCGCCUUUGAUAGCUUUUUCUCAAGAUGAAUUUGGAGAUGAAUCUGUCCAAUUUUUAUAAUUUGGUAUUCUCUCGUGUUACUGUUAUGAUUAUUUGUUAUACGAUCCAGUAUUCAGGUGGUGGACACAGUUUUAGUUGCUCACUGUAUUUUCAUGGGUAGGUCUUC